UGGGGAAACACCUCGAUUCACCAUGCCCUCCAUUCUCAGUGACGCCGACAAGGAAACUGUUAAGCGGAAUGUCCCCAAACCCGCCAACAAGAUCCUCGCCGUAGCUGUCGCGCGACUCUACGUCGCCUACCCGGAUGGACAGAAAUGGACAUAUACCGGAAUUCAAGGGGCUGUUGUCCUCUGCAAUGACCUUGUGGGAAGGACUUUUUGGCUUAAAAUAGUCGAUGUCUCGCCCGCUGGUAGGGGUGUGAUCUGGGAUCAGGAGAUCUAUGACAACUUCGCUUACAACCAGGACCGAACCUUCUUUCAUACAUUCGAGCUCGAAGCCUGCCCCGCCGGCCUGUCCUUUGUCGACGAGAAGGAGGCCAAGACCUUUAUCAAGAAGGUGCAUGAGCGGGAGAAACAUGCAAGUAAAGAGACCACCAAGACUCCUUUCACAUCUACUCGAGGCCAGGGACCUGCUCCUGUUACCAAUGGGAAAGUAGGACGGUCUUUGUUUGGCAGCUUGUUGCAUCGAUCGAACCCGGCUCCGAGUACACCAGCACCGACAGCCCCUGCGCCUUCGAUACAGGUUGCUCCUCCUCCGAUGUUGUCCCCAAGCCCGCCGCCAGCUAAGCCAGAUUUACCAUUUGAUACGAGUGACCCCUCUUGGAAAGGACUGCUAGAUGAGCUUAAGGGGAUGGGAAUUACCGAAGACCAAAUUGCCGAGAAUUCUGAUUUCAUCAAAGCUUGGAUUGACCAGAAACAGGCAGCGGCGGCCGAGUCUGCUCCUGCUGAGGAUCAUAAUAAGCCAAAGGCUGCCCCUCCACCGCCACCUUCUGCACCUCCCGCUCCGAGAGUAACCUCGAUCAGUCCCCAAGACACGGGUUCCAGCUCGACAAGCAGACGGGGACCGCCGCCGCCGCCGCCGUCACGGAAAACACGUUCUGAAGCACCAGAAGAAUCGGUUUCCCUCCCCCCUCGUGAGCCAUCCCCGCCUGCGCGACGAUUCAAUGCGCCGCCUCCAUUUGCAGACGCAGGGAAAUUCGCAGAGCCCGCUGGCCCUGUACCUCCUCGGCGUCCACGCGCAAUUUCGAACGUCAAUGCUGGGCCUCCACCGCCCCCACGACCACCAAAGACACCGAUGGACGAUAGCCAAUAUAAUCAAUCGAGUCAAUCUCGAUUUGGGGUACCACCGCCUUUCUCUGGUGACCGCAAGGUGUCUGCGCCACCGGCACCCCCCAGCCGUAGCCCUGCACCAGGUGGCCCUCCCCCUCCGCCGCCUCGCACAGCAAGCCCAGCAGCACCACCCCAACUGCCCCCCAAAGUGCCGUCCAUGACCACUGCAACGGGACCUCCUCCUCCACCCGCCAGAGGCCCUAUUUCACCCCCACUUCCACCCCCACCAGCGCCUCGACCUGUGCCAGCUGCACCGUCUUCUCCUGCGGCAGCUCCUCCCCCUCCUCCUCCACCAAGAGGACCAGUUUCGCCUCCCCCUGCCCCGCCCUCGGCACCUACGUAUUCUCCUAGCAUUCCUCCUCCACCGCCUCCGCCGCCUAGCUCUGCAGCACCCGGUGGCCCCCCACCCCCUCCGCCUCCGGGCCGUGGUGGCCCCUCAAUGCCUCCCCCUCCCCCUCCGGCGCCUGUUUCGGGGGCACCAGGUGGACCGCCACCGCCACCUCCACCACCUGGGGCACCUGGAGGUGGUGCUCCUCCUCCACCUCCACCCCCUGGUGGUGCUGCGCCACCAUUGCCAAAGCCAACUGGUGGGCACACCGAUCUGCUAGCGUCCAUUCGAGCCUCCGGUGGCCAUGGAGGCGGAGGCUUGCGCAAGGUCAAGGAUACGGAAAAGAAAGAUCGAAGUCAAGCUAUGGUACCCGGUGGUGCUAACGAGUCGUCGGCUACAAGCCCCAAUGCAGGAGGAGCCCCGCAAGGUGGUUUGGCCGGCGCAUUGCAAGAUGCUCUCAACAAGCGAAAACAGAGAGUCAGUGGAAGUGAUGACGAGAAAGACAACGACGACGAUUGGUGAGCGGUUAGUUUUCGGUGGGAUUGUUCAAGUAUUUCAAGAUACCAAUGGCUUUUGCGCAUUCUUGCGAGCAUUGAGCAUUCUGUUUCUUGGUCCAGCGUUUUGCCUAAAAGUUUGGUUUCAAGUGUCAACAAAAGAGGGGCAAUGCACUUUGUAUAUAGCUUUCAAUGGUAGAUGCAGUGGAUGUGAGAGAUA